GUUAUGCCGACGCAGCUAGCGCAGCGCGACAUGACGCGACGUGAGAGCUAGCUGGCGAUCUGGUUGCGGUUAAUGAAUCAUGUACCGCUGGCUAGUUUGAGACCCUCCCGCAUUAUAAAUUACAAGAUAACUAUCAUCGAUAUCGAAAAUUAAUCUGGAGAACAGGAACUUUGAACCAAAGAUGGAGCUCAGGGAAGAGAGAAUCGAUUUACAAAGAGGAAAAGCAGGACUCGGAUUCAACAUCAAAGGAGGGGAGGAUCAACCCUUGGUUGCCGGGGAUACAGGGAUCUUUGUAACUAAGAUCAGAGAAGAAGGGGCUGCUGCUAAAGAUGGAAGACUUCAGAAAGGAGAUAAGAUUUUAGAGAUUAAUGGUGAAAAUGUCCGAUGUGUACCUCAUAAGAGAGCAGUAGAUUUAUUUGUUGGUGCUGGUGAAACAGUCAAACUUUUUGUUCAACACAAUGCGGAAGCAGCUCUUAGGAAAAAAGUGGAAGAAGCCAAAGCCAAAGCUGCAAAAUCUGGAGAAGGAGCGGGUGUACAGUGGUUAAUUGUCAUAGGAGCAGUCGUUGCCGUGGGAGCAUUUAUCUGGUUUCGCACGAGACGACGUUAACACUGUGCUAGAUCCUUAGAGUAUUCAGAUAUAUAUUUCUACCAUUCUACUUUAUCACUCAACUUUGAUUUCUUUUAUAAAUGUAAAAAAAUUGAUACUUUGACUAUGAAAGGAAUGAACUUUGAAACAUAAAAAAGAGAAACUUUGCUUUCCUUGCCAUGCACAUCGAGUCAUACGGUUUAGCAGCAGAUAGGGUAUAAAGGUUGGAAUCACGUUUGUCUCAUCUUCACCAUUAAUACAGCAUGGAAAGAGGUCUGAGAGGUUGCGGAUACUAAGAUUAAAGAGUCUUAAUAGUAAAUUACAGAAGUGGACAGAUGAUGUUUAUUGAUUGACCAGCCGAUUUGGAAUUUAAAUCAUAUUAAAAGGUGGCAUUGUGUAUGGAGGCAUGCUUGACUGUUGUGUUCAUUUUUUUUUCAACUUGAGUUAUUUCAGCUUUUAAUGCAGGCCUGCUUCAAUGUCUUCUUUGUUGAUUUUUUUUUCUUCAGUACACAAGGGAUAUUUGAUUGGACAGUAUCUUUGGUGACCAAAAUGGAAUUCCCCUUUGUUUUUGGAAUCUUCUGGGAGAGCCUCCACAUUUUGUUCAGAUGUUUUCCCUUAUGAUAUGAACAAGGUCCCAUCUUUAGAAGAAAUGUGACUGGAUUAUAUAAGUCCUAAUCAUUAAGUUGUCUUAGUUUUACUGUAAAGAUUGAUUAUAAAAAUCAGUUUGAUUAGGUAUAUAUAUCCCAUCCUCUUACAAAUGUCCUAUAACUUGGUUACCUUCAAUUUUCUUGUCUCUGUUUUGUAGAUCUUGUAAUUAAUUGUAAAUGACAAGCCAGUGGUAAUGUAUUUGAAAUCUAGUCGCAUAAUUAACUGAGAGAAAAUUUGACAUUGAAUUCUAUCAUUUGUAUUUGAAAACAGGUUUCAUAAAAUAGGGCAUUGAAGUAGUUAUCUGUAUCACAUUAAGGUGGUCUUUCAAAUGUUUAUUACUGGCUAGCUUACCGUUUUCCUUUGAUUUUAUAGGUCAAAAAUUGAUAGGCAGUUUGGUAUUGAAGUUUUCUAUAGCUUUAAUUAUCAAGUGCAUAUUUUGAUGUAAUAUCCCACUCUUCAAAUUUACUGGCAAUCCUCUUUAACUUAGUAUUGUCCAUGAUACUGUAUACCUGUCUAACCAUUAAGCUGAAGGUAGCAAUUUUUUCAGGCAAGUUUGAUUAGGUAGAUUUCUUUUUUUUGCUUGCAACUCAGGGAUGUGUUUGCUUGACUUUGCUUUGGUAUUUGCAUGGAAUUAGUAUUGUUUUGACAUCAAUUUUUCCAAAUUGUCAUCUCUCCCAUUCAUAAUUGGCUGUGGUUUUUCCUAGAGUUAAUUUGUCACCUCUGUGAUUUAAAUGCUGUGUUCCCAUUUGCAAAGCAUGUCAUUUUCUAGAUUAAAAAAAAAGUACACAGAAAUUGAUGAUUGGAAUUUACUGGCAAGCCUUUUUCAGAAUUUGGGCGUUUAUUCCUGAUAAUCUCAAGUUGAUUAUUUUUUAAGCUUUAUCUUUCUGUAAAUAUUUCCUUGACAAGAGAAAAGAAAUUUGUUGAUGUCUUUCAAGGAGUAUUAUAUUGGUAGUAUAGCAUUAGUCUGAUUUAAUGAACACCCUAAUUUUUUAGGCACUGCGUAGAAAAUCAUUAGGCUAACUAGAUGGAUUCUUGACCAAAAUCUCCGGCAUUGCCAGAUCUGAAAUAUAUUGCUCUAUUUCUAUAAAUAAAAAUAAUUUCCAUAUGCCUUCAUGAACUGACCUUUGACUUCAUGACUACAGAAUUUAAACAGGUCAUCCUCCCUCACAUAUUCCUUUACUGACCAAGUAUGAAGUAGAUACAUCAAACCUAGUCAUCAUGAGUAGAGAUUAUUUUAUGACCAUUGACCUAUGUGACCCCAAAUUCUAGUCGGGUCAUAAUCAAUCAUAUAUCCAUACCUAAGCCAAGUUUAACCACUCUUUUUAGAAUGAUCACAGGACCGAUGGACAGGCCAGAGAAGAUAAUGAUUCAGUAUCACCUUCAUUAGCUGGAUGCCUCCUGUAUUAUUUAUUUUCAUGAAUUAAUUCACGUGCACUCAUUUGAAUAGCCUGAAAUACAUUUGGAAUACAUGUAAUAGGUUUGGGGGAGCAAUCAGUUGGAUUUUCUGUGAUGGGCAUUUAUAUGCCAUGUACAAUUGCGUAUGUGCACACUGAAACCCAGAAAGGAUUAUGACUCUGCAAGAAUUUGAUUUCAUUUUGACAUUCCUUUCCCAAUGACAUCAUUAUCUACACACUUCAAGGGCAUUUUAGAUCACAUGCACAUUUGAGUCAAAGGAGCUCAUUUUAGUUGCUGUUUAGUUGCUCAAAAGCCUCUUCCUGAAUGCAAAGUAAAUUUCAAGCAUUGUGUACAUUUUGCACAUUUUGCUGGGGAGCCACUGUCUAAUGGUGGUAUUCAUGGCAGGAAAUUGCAAGUGGGUAAAGAAAUUGCCAAAAUCUGGGAAAAUGGUAUAAUUAUCACCCUGUUAUGAAAAUGAAAUAUCUGAGGCAUUAUUUUGGGAAGGGGGAUUAUGAAAAUAGUACUGGGUGCUCUGAAUCAAAGGAUGAUUUCUUGCUUGGACUCCCAUUAUGAAAGUCCAUGUGAGAGCUUUGCAUCUAAAUUGUAAUGACAGUCAAUGUUCCCAGGAUAUUUUGAAAUAAUAGAAACUGAUUUUUAGCUUACACAAUGCUACAUUUGAGGUGAUAAUUAUUAAUAUAUGCAAAAGAGGGAUUGUCAACAAUUUUCAUCAUCUAUUUACAUAUUUUUUACUAGAUUUACCACCUAUUUAUGUAUUACUAAUAAUACCACCGAACCACAUACUUACAUGUAUGUAUUACUGGUAAAGCUCCAUAAGGUACAUGUACCAGUAGAUCGCUGUAACAAGUUGAGUGGUAUUGGGUCAAGUGGUAUUUAAAGGCUGGGACUUAUAAUCAUCUCCAAUCAAUUGGAACAUCACAUGUAAGAUAAUGUUUUUCCAUCAAAAUUAAAAUACUGCAAAGUCAUCUAUUUCUAUAAAUGUACUGAUCAUUGUUCAUUGAACGAAAUGUAACCUCUCCUAUUGUUUGAGACAAGGGUGAACAUAUAUCUAUUUAGUAUGUGAUAUAUCUAGGAGACAAUAAAACAAAUUAAUCUAUAUUGACAGAUGGGCUUAAAUAGGGUAGAUGAUGGAUGUAUUUGAAUGUUGAGUUGUAAAUAGCCUCUGACAAUCACCAGUGUGCUUUACAUUUA